AAAAUUUAUAGAUCUAGCAACAUCUACACGCACAUAAACAAUUGAUAGUAACAAUAAUAAAAAAAAUAGAACAUGCUAUAAAAUCAAGAGAGAGAGAGCAAGAGAGCUCUGACUCUGGCUGCUGCCUCAGCUUUUACGGUCAUUGCUUCUAUUUUCUGGUUUUAUUCUGCAAGGAUGUCAAAGAGAAAACAAAGUUUGUGGUUGCCCAUUCAAGUGAUUCUGUACUGAUAUGGCAAUAUUUUCUUGCCUUACUGGUGCAAUUGACCCAAAUGGACAGGAAUCUGGGAAAAGGCAUGACAGAUCAGCAGCAGAAAAACUAUGAACAAGUUCGAUAUAAUAACAUGGAAGCUAGAAAUGAAGGGCUGGGGUCUGUAAACCAAAGGUUUUUCCAUGAUCCAUCAGCUAAUAUUAAUACUAACAUGCGACCUCCUGACUACAACAUGUCAAUGGGAGCUAGGCCUGUGCUAAAUUACUCCAUUCAGACUGGUGAGGAAUUCGCUCUUGAAUUUAUGCGGGAGAGGGUGAACCCCAGGCAACAGCUCUUUCCAAAUGCUUACGUUGAUCCUAAUAGCACAACUAGCUAUAUGGAACUAAAGGGCAUAUUGGGAAUAUCUCAUACGGGUUCAGAAAGUGGUCCUGACAUCUCUAUGACAAGCACAGUAGAAAAAGCCGGGAACCAGGAGUUAGACCGGAAGGGAUCAUCCGUGCAUGAAGACCAAAGUUAUUAUGAUCCUGUCCGGCCGGUACCACAAACCUCAUCAAGAAAUGACAGUAGUCGAGGAAUUCAUGGUUAUACAUCUUCAGGAGCCUCUGAUAGUUCAUCAUCAAAGGUGAAGUUUCUCUGCAGCUUUGGUGGUACAAUUUUGCCUCGUCCGAGUGAUGGAAAGCUGAGAUAUGUUGGGGGUGAAACACGCAUUAUCCGGAUAAGCAAGAAUAUUUCCUGGCAGGAGCUUAUGCAGAAAACUUUGGCAAUUUACAAUGAAUCUCACACUAUAAAAUAUCAACUUCCUGGUGAAGAUCUUGACGCUUUGGUUUCUGUAUCCUGUGAUGAGGAUCUUCAGAACAUGAUGGAAGAAUGCAAUGUAUCAGAAGAUGGGGGAUCAAAGAAGCCUAGGAUGUUCUUGUUUUCCAGCACUGAUCUGGAGGACUCCCAAUUUGGCCUGGGAAGUGGAGAGGGUGACAAUUCUGAGAUUCAAUAUGUUGUUGCUGUAAAUGGUAUGGACUUGGGUUCAAGGAAGAAUUCAAUUAAUCUGGUAAGCACAUCAGGGAACAAUUUGGAUGAGUUACUCAGUCUUAAUGUUGAGAGGGGCAGCAGUGGAGUUGCAGCUGAAUUAACUGGAAGUAAUGCUCCAUCUUCAGCUGUUAAUAUGCUGCCUUCAACAACCCAAUCUUCUCAACCAGUACUGACGAGUUCAUCUAGUGCCCAUGAAUCUAAUUCACAGCCUUACCAUGGCCAGAAGAUACAUCAUGGAGAUGCCAGCCAGCAUCCAGUGUCCCCCAUGCAACCUAUGCAGAGCUUCCCCCAGAUGGAUGAAAAGGGAACCAAUCCAUUGUCGGUCCCAAUUCAGUAUGGUUUUGGCUCACAUCUCCCUAUCCAUGCAAUGGCUGGGGAAAAUCUAAUGGGAGUGCCUUUCCGCAUGUAUCCAACUCAACAGGGGGUUUUGGCAGAAGAGAAACCGUUCAAUGGCUUUCACGUGCAAAAUACAGAAGCAUCUGUAAAGGAUGCAAAACUGAAAAGAGAGAGCUCGGGACAGAAAAUAAAUGAACCUGAGAAAGUUCAAACCCUGGAUAAGGAGGCAAGAAUAAAGGAAUUGAAAAUGAAACGAGAUGAUUCACUCCAGAAGCUUAAUGAAACUGUUAAAAUUCAGGCAGUGGAAAACGAUACUGUUUCCUUGCAUCCAUAUGAUAGUUCCAUUCCAAAUUAUACUUCUAGAGAAGAAGUAUUGGUUGCCAAUUCAACACCAGAAGUAGGAUCACCUCUGCUGCUUAUGAAAAAUAAUAAAAGCCCCCAUGAACCUGUACUGAAUUCGAUGUCCACUGAAAUUGUGACCGAAGGGAUGAAGAAUAACGGGGAUGACCAUUUUCACUCAUCUGGUGAUCCAUUUGCCCCAGGAUAUGGGGGGUCUGAGGCUGAUCCAACAGAUUUUAGCUACCUCGAACCAUCUGUCGCUCCACAUCGGGUUUUUCAUUCCGAGCGAAUUCCCAGGGAGCAGGCAGAAUUAAAUCGCUUGUCAAAAUCCGAGGAUUCCUUUGAUCCUCAGAUUAUAAUAGCUCAAGCACGUUCUGGUUGUUCUCAACCAGUUAUAGAAUCAAUUGAUAAAUUGCAUGAAGGAAAUGUGGCUUCCCAGACUGACCAGUCCCACUCAUCUGCAAAAUUGUGUUAUGCAAAGCCUCAGACCGUUGAAGAUGGACUUGCACAGUUUGAGAAGCACAAAGAAUUUGCUGAUAACAUCAGUACGGUGAAUCCCAGCAUUGCUCAAGGUCUUGGGUCAAAUGUGCAGAAAUCUGAAUCAAGACGUGUUGUUUUUAAUCCAGUGGAUGAUUAUGAAGGUUUCCAGGUUAAAGGCAAAACAGUUGGGUUGACACAUCCAACAGCAAGUCAGGGAACUUCCAGUAAUCACCCAGAAGAUCCUGCUUUGGGUCCUCCAGAGUUUGAAAGAACUGAAACUCUUUCUGACAAUAAUAAUGGGAACAACACUAAGGUGAAUGUGCAGCCUUUGGCAUGGGCAGAGAGCCCAGUUAGAGCUUUAUCUGAGGGGGAUCCCAGCAUUGGUGCUGUCACUCCUGAGAAGAAAGACAUACGAAUCGAUAUAAAUGACCGGUUUCGUCCUGAUAUCCUCUCUGAUAUUUUCUCACAAGCCAAAAUCCAUGAGAAUGUUGUCGGUCCAAUUGUUGAUGGAGCGGGCUUGAGCUUGAACAUGGAGAAUCAUGAUCCAAAACACUGGUCGUACUUUCGGAACUUGCAAGAUCAGUUUGUUAGGAAAGAUGUUUCCCUUAUAGACCAAGACCAUCUGGGUUACUCAUCCUCCCUUACAAAUGAUGAAGGAGGGACGCUCAUUGAUUAUAGUUAUCCACCUUUAAAGUCUGAUGGAGUUGCCUUGCCUCACAUUGAGGAAGAUGUUCAACAAGAGACAUCUGGUGUUGUUGGGCUGAACACCGUGGAUUCCCAUGCAGAUUAUGGUCAUUUUGAGCUGAAGGAAACUGAGAGUGCGCAAUUGGAUGGGGUGAAUGCUAGAAUACAAGAAUCAGAGUAUGAGGGUGGGAAGGUGGACAUUCGAAACACUGGUGCACAUCUUGUUGACCUUUCCUCAGGAGAGUUUGAUAUUAGCACCUUGCAGAUCAUCAAAAAUGAAGACCUGGAAGAGUUGAAAGAAUUGGGGUCCGGCACUUUUGGUACUGUUUAUCAUGGAAAAUGGAGAGGUACGGAUGUUGCUAUUAAGCGUAUAAAAAAGAGCUGUUUCACAGGCCGUUCAUCGGAACAAGAAAGAUUGACCGUGGAGUUCUGGCGUGAAGCUGAAAUUCUCUCAAAGCUUCACCACCCCAAUGUAGUUGCAUUUUAUGGAGUAGUUCAGGAUGGGCCAGGAGGAACACUUGCCACUGUGGCAGAGUUCAUGGUAAAUGGCUCUCUUAGACAUGUUUUACUUAGCAAGGACAGGCAUCUUGAUCAUCGUAAGCGUCUCAUUAUUGCAAUGGAUGCAGCUUUUGGAAUGGAAUAUUUGCAUUCAAAGAACAUUGUGCAUUUUGAUUUGAAAUGUGAUAACUUGCUUGUCAACCUGAAAGAUCCUUUACGACCUAUUUGCAAGGUAGGUGAUUUUGGUUUGUCAAAAAUCAAAAGGAAUACCUUGGUUACUGGUGGUGUAAGGGGAACUCUUCCAUGGAUGGCUCCAGAACUCCUGAAUGGUAGCAGCAGUAAGGUUUCUGAAAAGGUUGAUGUGUUCUCUUUUGGCAUUGUCUUAUGGGAGAUUCUCACUGGUGAAGAGCCUUAUGCCAAUAUGCAUUACGGAGCAAUCAUAGGAGGCAUAGUUAAUAACACUUUGAGACCACCUGUACCGAGCUUUUGUGACUCUGAAUGGAGAUUGCUAAUGGAGCAGUGUUGGGCACCUGAUCCCUUGGCCCGUCCAUCAUUCACGGAGAUUACCAGGCGCUUACGUGUCAUGUCAGCAGCGUGUCAAACUAAACAGAUGCCCAAGAACAUGGAGAAAUUCUUGGAGAAAUUAAACUUAAUGUAAAGCUAUUAUUUUUGUCAAUAGUAAAUACGAACUUCAAAUUUGAGCUCCAUGUAUAAUUAAGACUCACUGCAUUCGGUGUUUGUGC